AUGUCUUACGACGACUUACCGCCCGAUGCUGUGGCGCCCCUCGAUACCGAAUCAGUGGCUUCGCUUCACUCAACGCUCAAGUGCUUGGACACCGUCAUUGCUCUCUAUGAUUUCCCAGGAACUCAACCUUCGCAUCUACCUUUGGACUUGGGUGAUACCAUUUAUGUAUUGGCGAAGAACGAAUCUGGUUGGUGGGAUGGAGUACUCACUAAUCGUGCCGGGGAAAUGUGUCGAGGCUGGUUCCCUCACAACUACGUCCGGUCCGUAAACUACGUUCAGCCCGUACUAAAUAAGCUUAAAAGCAACAAAGAGCUCGACUCCAUCACCGCCGCCAAUACUGCCGCCAACGUGUUGAUUCCGCUGUUUGCAUCUUUGCUCCAGAAGAACUUGAAUGACUCUGGCCGCGAUAGUCCGGCCAGCAAUACCAGAAAAAACUCCGUAGUGAGUUUUGCGUCGCUGGAUACCAGCGUCCACUCGGAACCGAAAACUCGUAAAUACGACCCAAAAUUAUCCGAGAGCUCGAGCCAACAGUUUUCUGGUAGCUCGAACGCCCUGGGUCCAUUCACGGCUUCCUUCUCUCAGGGAAUCUCUCCAUCGGAAAGUUCCGACUACGUUAAGUUCACGCCGGUAGAAGAGGCCGAAAGUCUCGUCAGUGAGGUUAAAAGGCUACAAGGUCGCAAUGUCAUUUGGAUUCCAAGAAUGACAGACACCGGUGACCUCGCAUACUACUGCGAGGAGUUGGAUAUUUUCUGUGAUUCGUUACCUUUAGUACUGUUGGAUUUAUCUGUGGAUCUAGAUGGGCGAAUGAAAAUCCCCUCGCAAGAUGCUAUCAGCGAUCAGACGUUGGUAUCGCGACUCAAUAUUGACUACCUCGAUUCCGACUCUAUUGGUCCCACCUCUCGCUCCAGUAUGGGGAAGGCUUUCGAUGCCAAGAGAGAUUCCACUUCCAGCUCCAUGUCUCAGAACAGUGCAUCAUCAUAUCACCAUUUCGUUCAUCCAUUCUAUUCAACGCCAGGCCUAUUCUACAACCAGUAUUCGGAUAUGACGUAUUGGACCGAACUCAAGGAACAAUUCAACUACCUUCUAGACUUGACUUACAAGGCACUUAAGAACUCCAACAAGCAGCUAUUUAAUAUGCAUCUCUCGAGGCUCACCAAAGUAAUUGCUAUUGUAUUGUUUGCUGCGAGACUUGGUCAGGAUGAUUUUUUGGGCACCAAGUACGAGAAUUCUGUGCGCAGAAAGUUGAAGAGACUCUCUGAAAGCUUUGCCCAAAUGUAUAUCAAUGGAUUGUUGCAUCUCAGUGUUAUGCAUUACUCUGGAGCUACCUCAUCAUCUGACUUAUUUAGUCUCGACAUUCGUGGACUCAACAAAUCAACCAGCAAUGCUUCAACAGCACAGAAUAGUACAUCAUCACGUGGUCUGAUGAGUACGGUAUUUCAAAUGGGGCCCCAGAAAUCCCCUGAAGAGAACGACCAAGUCUCGGUUCCUCCACUGACGAAUUCCGAGGAUGCGAUUGUAACAUAUUUGCAACAAAUCGAUCAUGAUGCUGAGACUGUGUCUGAAAGUAUGAACGGUCUAGUCAAGAUUUUCCUUCGCUUGUCCAAAGACAAGAAAGUAUCACCUCGUGAGUAUGAUAAUUCAGAUGUUUCAGACACAGAGGGCGAAGACAGAUACAAUAUCUUGCCGCAAGUUUAUCCAAGAUUUAUCAGCGAUGAAUUCAAUGGAGGAAACUGGUGCAAUCCUUUCUUCCCAGGAGGACAUUCUUACCUCAACUUGAGUGGAGAUCAACUCAAAAACAGGUACCAUUUAAAAGUCAUCAUCGACCAGGAUGCUUACAAUCUGGCUAAAAAAUGGACUGACGAGAUCACUAAAUAUGCCAAAGAUGCACGUGAGUAUCUUGAUCCAAAGAAGCAAAGCCGUUACUAUAAUGAGGCCCUCAAGGAUGACAGGAAUGAGCAAGUUCUUCGAAUAAUGUACAAAGUUCUUCACCAUUCGAGUUCACUCGUGGAUCUCCUUGAGUCGUUUGAUUUCACUGUCUUCUGUCUUAUCAAAAGAUAUUCAUCUGCCGACAGAGCGUUUCCUGUACUUUCUGAUGAAGAGAAGGGUCCGUCUGUUCAACAUCGUGAAGAUCUGUUGGCAGAGGCUACUGACGAGACAAGUUUAACGGGUCCAACGAGUGAAUCUGAGAUUGCGCAAAGUAACCUCACUUUUGAUUACCCAAUGGUUCUUGAAUUCUUUCAAUACAAGCAGCAGCUUCACGAUUUAAUAGCUAAGAUUGUGAUUCAUUCUCAAGCAUUGACAUUGGAAGACCCUGAUGUGUUCAUGGCAAUGAAGGAAGAUGAUUCGGUCGUUUACAAUCGUGACGUUUUGAAGAACCCACUUGAGCGUUCCUCUAGACUUCUUAGUAAUAUUCUCUUACUGCAAGGAAAGAGAAAAGAGGCCGGAAGAAUCUGCGUUGAUCAUGAUGAGUUCUUGAUAGAGCUUCUUGAAGAUGGAAUUGAAUCUUGUGAUUCAAUUUUGAAGAUUAUUAAACUGUUGAUUGAUGAAAGAGAAACCAUUCUCAAUUAUGCAACCAGAGUUAUGCAUGAUGACCUUAAUGUGGAACUUCUUGUUAUGGAAAGGAACAAUACCGCUGCAGGAAGUAAAUCCGAAGAUGGCCAUUAUUACACUGGAAAGUCUAAUAACGACAAUACACCUUGGUAUUUAGAGGGUGACGAAGAGUAUGAUCUCUUGUUGGACAUUAACAGGAACAUUAAGGGUGGUACCAAGGAGGCGCUAGUAGCACACUUAACCCAUCACGAGGACUUUGAUAGUUCUUUCAAUAACUCGUUCUUGAUAUCGUUUGCAACAAUUAUGCCAUUGGGAGAGUUAGUACAGCUCUUGAUAAACCGUUUCAAUGUCGAAGCACCAGAAGGUUUGAGUUACGAGGAGUAUUUGACCUGGAGAACUCAAAAGCAGGAGAGAAUUCGACUCAAAGUGCUUCUCAUUAUGAAGUUAAUCCUUGAGAAUCACUGGAGUAAUUCGUAUAACAAUAAGACUGUUCUCCAGAAAUGGAUAGCAUUCUUGAGACUGCCCUCAGUUGCUUCCUUUGGCAUUACCAGCACUUUGAUUGACGACAUCAAAUCAAUUUUGGAUGGAAAGAAUUUGGUCGUGGAACCUGAAACUGUAAUAUCAGGCGAUAAGGCCCCAGCUCCACUUUUGAAGACGUUUGCUUUACGCAAACUUAAACUCCUGGACGUGGAAUAUAUUGAACUUGCCAGACAGCUCACCAUUCGUGAGUUUGCAUUAUAUUGCAAGAUCUCGAAAUUGUCGUGCAUUCAUAAAGUAUGGGGUAAGAAGUCUGGUUUAACCGAAUCUUACGAAACUAUAACGAGAUUUAUCAAAGCUUCUAACCAAUUGACUAAUUUUGUGGCUUACAUGAUCUUGCGAAAGAACGAGCCAAGAAAGAGAGUUCAGACUAUUAGGUAUUUCGUCCAAGUUGCCGAGAAAUGUCGCCAGUACAAUAAUUUUUCGUCCAUGACGGCCAUUAUCUCAGCGCUUUACUCUUCACCAAUCCAUCGUUUGAAGAAGACAUGGGCUUAUGUUUCCAAAGAUAUCAUGGCACAAUUGCAGAGCAUGAACAAACUUAUGAAUUCGAGCAGAAAUUUUAACGAGUACAGAGACAUGCUCAAAUUCAUUGGAUCUGAACCAUGUGUCCCUUUCUUUGGAGUGUACCUUAGUGAUCUUACUUUCGUAUACCAUGGAAACCCAGACUAUUUGUUGAAUCGGAACAGAAUGGUGAACUUCGCCAAAAGAGCUAAGACUGUGGACAUUGUAUUGGGGAUUGACAGGUUUAAGCGUGUUGGAUAUAACUUUCAGACCGUGAACGAGAUUCAGACGUUCCUUGAUUUAUGGUUUGAUAAGUGUCCUACUAUUGAAGAGCAAUAUCAGUUGUCUUUGAAUCUUGAGCCCCGUGAGCCAUCGGACAAGAAACAGGGCAAAGCACCGGCUACAAAGCCUCAGGCUCUGCAAACGUCACUUAAGCUCAAACAACAUACUAACAUUCUUGCCAUUCGUUAA